UCCUACAUCACCAUGUGAGUCUCUUCAUUCACUCACAUCAUUAUUUCUAUUUUUCUGAACUUUUGACCCUACACAGUCCUCACUAUAAACCCACAGGAAACAAAACCAGUUCACGUCCAGUUGUUGUGUGCACCUUGAGGCAGCAUUCAACACAUUUCGAGCAGUCGUUUUCUUGGUGAAAUUAUGAGCUGCUGAAAUCUGAGUAGUUAGUGAAAGCUUGAAUGGAUGUGUGACAUUUUACCUGCAAUGUAUUUCUGUUGGUGCCUCUGGUGUCCUGCCUUCUAACAAUAGACAAAGUGUGUUUUGUGCUGAGCAGCCAUAGGGCGCUGUGGUCACAUGAAAAAGAAGGGCCGGACCAUGUUAUUAUUAUGCAUCUCUGAUUCCCAAGUGGAUUGUGAACCUGAAGGAGCUGAAGUGUGGCGCUCGUCUCUGAGAGUUCAUUCAAAACAAAAUGUCUGACACAGAAGAAGUCAUGGAGGAGGAAGUCCAUGAGGGAGAAGAUGAGUCAAAGCCCAAGCCAAAGUUUAUGACAAAUAUUUCAGCACCAAAAAUCCCUGAUGGAGAGAAAGUGGAUUUUGAUGACAUCCACAGGAAGCGCCAGGAGAAGGACCUCUCUGAGCUCCAGUCUCUCAUCGAGGCUCAUUUCAUCCAGAGGAAGAAAGAAGAGGAGGAGCUCAUCGCUCUCGUCAACAGAAUCGAGAAACGUCGAGCUGAGAGAGCAGAGCAGCAGAGGAUCCGAGCAGAGAAAGAGAAGGAGAGGCAAACCAGACUAGCGGAAGAAAAGGAGCGAAAGGAGCAGGAGGAGCAGCGCAAGAAGCUGGGCGAAGAUGCCAAGAAGAAGAAGGCCCUGUCAAACAUGAGUCAGCAGUACAGCGCUGGGCAGAAGAAUGAAGGCAAAAAAGGAGCCAAGAAACAAACUGAGAGGGAGAAAAAGAAGAAGAUCCUGGCUGAACGCAGGAAGCCACUCAACAUCGAUCAUCUAAACGAGGAUAAACUCAAAGAGAAGGCUAAUGAGAUGUGGCAAUGGCUGAUGGGACUGGAGGCAGAGAAGUUUGACCUCAGUGACAAACUUAAACGACAGAAGUAUGAUAUCAACGUGCUUCUUGCUCGAGUCCAGGACCACCAAAGUGCCAAAGGUCGUGGGAAGGGCAAGAUGGGUGGCCGUCUGAGGUAAAGAAGCUCCAAGACACGGACACCACUGAUUGGCUCAUGUGUUUAUUGUCUGUGUAUUCGCUGUAUUGCUGUUGGGUUACAUGUCCAUUAUGAGCACAUCAAGUCAAUAAAUAAGUCUUUCCA